GAGGGGGAAGGAGGGAGGACAGGGGGCGCGGAGUCAGAGUGGCGCAGCUAGUAGCUGCAGGCGGCGGUGUCGGCGGCAGGGGGUAGGGGUGAGGUGGUUCCCCGUGGCGGACGGAGCCUAAAGGGGCCAGGAGACACCCCGGGUGCCACCCGGCCUGCUGGCCCUGGGGCCGGAGUCCCCGCCCGGGGACAUGGACCUCAACCGGAUCAUCCAGGCGCUGAAGGGCACCAUAGACCCGAAGCUGAGGAUUGCGGCCGAGACCGAGCUUAACCAGUCCUACAAGAUUAUUAAUUUUGCCCCCAGCUUGCUUCGGAUCAUAGUCUCCGACCAUGUGGAGUUCCCAGUGCGUCAGGCAGCUGCCAUCUACCUGAAGAACAUGGUGACACAGUACUGGCCAGACAGGGAGCCUCCACCAGGAGAAGCAAUAUUUCCAUUCAAUAUCCACGAGAAUGACCGACAGCAAAUACGUGACAACAUUGUGGAGGGGAUAAUUCGGUCUCCGGAUCUGGUGAGAGUCCAGUUAACAAUGUGUCUCCGAGUCAUCAUUAAACAUGAUUUUCCUGGUCACUGGCCUGCAGUGGUCGACAAGAUAGACUACUACUUGCAGUCACCAAACAGUGGGAGCUGGCUUGGCAGUUUGCUAUGCUUGUAUCAGCUGGUGAAGACCUAUGAAUAUAAGAAAGCAGAGGAAAGAGAGCCUCUUCUGGCAGCCAUGCAGAUAUUUUUGCCUCGAAUUCAGCAGCAAAUACUGCAGCUACUUCCUGAUGCCUCCUAUUAUUCUGUGUUGCUGCAGAAACAGAUUCUGAAAAUCUUCUACGCACUCGUUCAGUACGCACUGCCCCUUCAGCUGGUGAGCCACCAGACCAUGACCACAUGGAUGGAGAUCUUUCGGACCAUCAUCGAUAGAACAGUCCCUCCGGAAACUCUUCAAAUUGAUGAGGAUGACCGGCCAGAGCUGGUGUGGUGGAAGUGUAAGAAGUGGGCUCUGCACAUCGUCGCUCGUCUCUUUGAGCGGUAUGGAAGCCCAGGAAAUGUCACAAAAGAAUACUUCGAAUUUUCUGAAUUUUUUUUGAAAACCUAUGCAGUGGGAAUUCAGCAGGUACUACUAAAAAUUUUAGACCAGUACAGACAGAAAGAAUAUGUAGCUCCCCGUGUUCUUCAGCAAGCAUUCAACUAUCUCAACCAAGGGGUUGUUCAUGCUGUGACCUGGAAGCAGAUGAAGCCACAUAUACAGAGCAUCUCUGAAGAUGUAAUUUUUUCUGUGAUGUGUUAUAAAGACGAGGAUGAAGAGCUGUGGCAAGAAGACCCGUAUGAGUACAUAAGGAUGAAAUUUGAUAUUUUUGAAGAUUAUGCUUCUCCUACCACCGCAGCCCAAACCCUGCUGUACACAGCUGCGAAGAAAAGGAAAGAGGUGUUGCCAAAAAUGAUGGCGUUCUGUUAUCAAAUACUAACAGACCCGAACUUUGACCCUAGGAAGAAAGAUGGAGCCCUGCAUGUGAUUGGUUCCCUGGCUGAGAUUCUGUUGAAGAAGAGUUUAUUCAAGGACCAAAUUGAGCUGUUCCUACAGAAUCAUGUAUUCCCAUUAUUAUUGUCUAACCUGGGAUAUCUUCGAGCUAGAUCUUGCUGGGUGCUGCACGCAUUUAGUUCUCUGAAGUUUCAUAAUGAGCUCAACCUCAGAAAUGCGGUUGAAUUAGCCAAGAAGAGCCUGAUUGAAGACGAGGAGAUGCCCGUCAAGGUCGAAGCUGCCCUUGCUCUGCAGUCACUGAUCUCUAACCAGACUCAAGCCAAGGAGCACAUGAAACCACAUGUGAGGCCUAUCAUGCAGGAGCUGCUACAUAUCGUCAGAGAGACGGAGAAUGAUGAUGUCACCAACGUCAUCCAGAAGAUGAUAUGUGAGUACAGUCAAGAGGUGGCCUCCAUCGCUGUUGACACAACCCAGCACUUGGCUGAGAUUUUUGGUAAAGUUCUUCAAAGUGAUGAGUAUGAAGAAGUCGAAGACAAAACUGUCAUGGCUAUGGGAAUUUUACACACUAUCGACACUAUCUUAACAGUUAUGGAAGAUCAUCAAGAGAUCACACAGCAGUUGGAGAACAUCUGUCUAAGAAUCAUCGAUCUUGUUUUACAGAAGCAUAUCAUUGAGUUCUAUGAGGAAAUCCUUUCCCUGGCAUACAGUUUAACCUGCCAUGCCAUCUCCCCGCAGAUGUGGCAGCUUCUGGGCAUUUUAUAUCAAGUUUUCCAGCAGGAUUCCUUCGAGUACUUUACAGACAUGAUGCCUCUCCUGCAUAAUUAUGUGACAGUAGACACCAACACUCUGCUGUCAAAUCCAAAGCACUUAGAAGUCUUGUUCACAAUGUGCAGGAAGGUACUGUGUGGAGAGGCGGGAGAGGACGCUGAGUGCCAUGCUGCCAAACUCCUGGAAGUCAUCAUUCUUCAGUGCAAAGGAAGGGGAAUUGACCAGUGUGUCCCGCUGUUUGUCCAACUUGUCUUGGAGAGAUUGACCCGUGGUGUCAAGACCAGUGAGCUGCGCACCAUGUGUCUUCAGGUGGCGAUCGCUGCGCUUUACUACAGCCCUGAGCUGCUCUUCCACACGCUGGAGCGAGUCCAGCUGCCACACAACCCCGGACCUGUCACUGCACAGUUCAUCAACCAGUGGAUGAACGACACCGAUUACUUCCUGGGACACCAUGACCGGAAGAUGUGUAUAAUAGGACUGAGCAUCCUCUUGGAACUGCAGAACCGACCUCCUGCUGUGGAUGCCGUGGCUGCACAGAUCCUGCCCUCCAUUCUCUUCCUGUUCCUUGGCCUGAAGCAGGUCUGUGCUACACGACAACUGGUAAACCGUGAAGAUAACUUAAAGGCAGAGAAAGCCGACAUGGAGGAAAGUGAGGAGAUUUCCAGUGAGGAGGAGGAAACAAAUGUGACUGCUCAGGCUAUGCAGUCGCACAGCAGCAGAGGUGACGAGGACGAGGACGAGGACUGGGAUGAGGAAGUGCUGGAGGAGACAGCCCUCGAGGGCUUCAGCACCCCGCUGGACCUUGACAACAGUGUGGAUGAGUACCAGUUUUUCACACAAGCUCUCCUGGCUGUACAGAAUCGGGAUGUUGCCUGGUAUCAGCUGCUGGUGGCACCACUCAGUGAGGAUCAGAAGAGGAAGCUGCAGGAGGUGUACGCACUGGCGGAGCACCGGAGGACAGUGGCAGGUCAGCCGUCCUUUCCACAGUCAUAUGGCGGCUGCACAUUUGAGGACAAGGGCAUCUUCUCUGCGUUUAACUUUGGGGUUGUGCCCAGCAACAACAGAAAGGCGCGUCUACGGUUCACGACCAGCAAGCAUCACCGCCGCCGCUGUUCUCACGGGAUGCGUGAGGGCCAAGAGGGGAACAAGGGUCUGUGCCGUCGGCACCAGGCAGCCAUGGACUCGCUCGCCUUUCCCUCGACCCUUCUUAACCUGGCAGAUAUAUUUUUCAACAGCUACUGUAAUGUACGAAAUUAAAGAAAAGCAGUCAUUGACUGGAAAGGACAAAGCGUCCGCUCUGAAGGCUGAACGCUGAGGGGUUAGAGUUAGGGAUCGGCGCAUGCGUCUCAGGUUUUUGCCAUGAAGAAUCAGUGGAUUUAUGCGGAUAACAGUGCCUUUUGUUGUACAUGAAUUAUCAGAAAAAUUUUUUUGGAGUGUGUUGCAAUUUUUUUAAAUCAUAAAACAUAUUUCUAGAUAUCCUGUAAACCUUGGUUAUAUGUCAUUUCAUUCUGCAUUUUACUCUGCAUUGACUGUCUGGCAGUUAGUGCAAGUCUCUCUCUGGUUUCAGAAACAUCCCCGCUCCCUUUGACCACCCUCUGCCCAAAGGCUCUCUUCAUCAGACUUCAUGGCUUUCCUAAGAACUGUCGUGCUCCCUUUUCCGUCACGUGUUUCCUCUUGAAUGGGGUGGUGUUUCUUCAGGAUCGCAAAUGUGUUGACUGCGUUGGUAACCUGCCAAGUUCAGGCUUUACCCACUUGUUGGCGCCAGCCGCAGGGGCCUGUUGGUCACUGGACUCAGCAGCAGGACUGAAGAAGUUCUUAGGAGUCAUGUGUUUAAUUAUACUGCAGGGGUUGGGGGCGUCCAAAGUCGAAGACACAUUGAAGUUCUAAGCAGAAGACAGUUUCUGGGUGGGGACUUGGUUGGUAGUUACCAUUCCAGCCAUGUUGGACAGGGCCCAAAGCAUCUUACAUUUUUUCCCUCUUUUUUCUUUUCUCCUUCCAUGCCUCCCUCCUUUCUUUUUUGAGGUAGAAUCUUGCUCUGUAUGCAACUCAGGCAGGCCUCAAAGUUGCAGUCCUCUUGACUCAGCCUCUGACUGCUGUUAAUAUACCCAGCUGAUUUUUAACUUGUUUUUUUUUUUAAGUUAGGGUUUUGCUACAUAGUUCUGGCUGGGCUGGAACUCUCUGUGCAGCUUGGUCUGGCCUCAGACUUGUGGCAAUCCUGCCUCAGCCUCCCAGGGAUUGGAGUUAAUGGCCAUUACAGAAUUUUUUUUUUUUUUUAAUUUAGUAAAAAGUCCUAACAGAUCCAACUACCUGCUUUCUCACAGUCUGAAAUUUCUCCAGCUUGAUUUAUUAUGGCUCAGUUGUUUUUUAAAAUUCUCCAAGGUUUGGUCUCUUGGUCAGCUGGGUUUGUAGGUGAAUGAUGUCAGUAUGCAGAUGAAUUUCCCAAACCAUUCAAAAGCAGAGUAUGAACCACAGUGCUUUCAUUUAGCAAAAUGAAAAUAUGUCAUCAGGACUUGUUGUAUUUCUGGAUGUGAUACAGAUUUUGUUUCUGUGAAAUGCCUGUAGUUUAAACAGCAACUGGCAGAAUUUUCUAGGUGCUUCCUGAAUUACCAACUCUUACUAUUUUUUAAAUAUUUAGGUUAUUUAAUUUUUUUUCUUUUUUUGCAGACGUAUCUUGAAAAGCCAUACGUUUCAGAGUGAAAUGACCUUGUAUUUUCCAAUCCCUCAUUUUUCAGGGCACCAAAGCUGCAUGGCCUCCAGCAGUUAGAAAGGAAGGAUUGCACUGUGGGGGGUUCUAGAUCUCUGAAGUAGUUUGGUUUCUCCCAUGUCUCGUGUGGUUUAAUUGUAACAGGGGUAAUUUGCUUUCACACUGGAUCUUGGGGGGAAGGGUUCUGGAGAUGAGACUUUGUGGUGAAUUGUCACCUGCAGUAUUAAAGGGAAGACAUAUUCCUGCAUACCACCACACCUUGUUUUUGAAGCCAGAGUCAUUGUAUGGUUUUGUUACCAGAAGUGCUAACUGGAAUGUGAUCUGGUUACCUUGGAAAUGCAGGAACUUACACGAAUGUACUGUAAAAUAAAAUGUGGGCUGAUAUCCCAGGAACUGAA